CUUCUGCCCCUUUAUUCUCAGGAUGGGGUGAAGGACACAGAGAACCGCGUGGCCCUCCACGCCCUGACUCGGCCCCCUGCCCUCCUGCUCCUGGCCGCUGCCAGCAGUGGUCUCCGCUUUGUCCUGGCCUCCUUCGCCCUGGCCCUGCUUUUGCCCGUUGCCUUAGCUGUGGCUGCCCUCAAGCUGAUGGUGCGGAUGCGGUGGGGUUCGCUCCCCUCGGACUCUGGCCUGGGAGGCCCCUGGGUGGCCGUGUGGGGAACUGAUGAUGUGUGUGGGGUCCUGGCCCUGAGGCCUGGCCCCAGCGGAAGCAGCCUGUCUGUAGCUCGCCUGGCCGUGGCCCGCUGGCACCGUCGACGUGGCGUGGGCACGAAGCUGCUGGCCUUUGCCGAGGCUCAGGCCCGGGCAUGGGCCCGCCAGGCGGGGGGCCCUCGAGCCAAGCUCGUGGUCCCUGCUCCAGUGGGUGCCCGAGGGGCCACUGCCCUCCUGGAGGGGCGAGGCUACCAUCCCGAGGGCGGUUGGGGCUGGAUGGGACACACCUUUGUGAGGGAGUUCACGAAAGAAUUCUGAUGCCCACUGUGUCCCCUCCGCCACCUGGCCUUGGAAGCAGGGGACACGGAGGACAUCUGCCUGCUUUCACGUCUCAGCUCUGGCUCUGGCCCAGUCCGUGACCCUGGGCCUGGCCCUUCUUCCCUCUGGGUCUCACUUCUAGGGAAUGGAGGAAAGGACAUUUGCGGUGCUCGCCUCACAGGAUUAAACAUGGGGAAUCCCCGUUGGCCCAACCUCAGACUGCUCCCGUUUUGUACCAGUGACUCUCAGAUGAUCCCCCCUGCCCUCUGGGGGGGUCCUCAGGCAGUUGGCCCCCUUCCUUCUCCCUGCACCUCCAGCCGCCCUCGGGUGGCUCUGCCCGCUGGCCCCCCCGACCGGGCCUCUUCACCUUCCCUGCGCACCCUCAGGUGGUUCUGUGCCCAGAUCUCCCGAGGUUCUCGUCCCCUUUCCUCCCAGAAGUCCCUUUUCAGGUGGCCCCUCAGACAUCCUUCCCCCAGACUCACUGAAGGUCCCUGUGGACCUGGGAUCUCCUGCCCCUCCCCCUCAGCUGACCUUCAGCCCGUUUGGGCCCCUCUGAGCAAGGGGAGCAAGCCUCAGAGCUCCCUGACCCCCGAGUCCUUGACCAAGGGCCCUCAGUGAUCUCCCCCUUUUCUGGGGACCCUCCAGUGGGGUUGGACUCCCUUCUCCUUGGAUGCCUGGCCAACUCCCCUCUGCUUUGAGGACCCACACAGUGACUUCCCCCUCUCCUGCUGCCCGCGGGGGUCCCCCACACCUUGAGAUGACCCUCCCUCUCUGCUUUGGGUUCUUCUCUUUCCUCCCAUCCCUCCUUUCCCCUCACAUCUGUUUUUAUACCCACUGUUAAUAAACUCUGAAACUCC